AUGGCUACCAUCCAUCUAUGGGGAGUCGACGGGGCGCCAGCAUUGAUCUCUCCCGAGAGCAUCGCGCUUUUUUGGCUUGUCAAUACGUGCGAAGUUGAGUGCACGGUAGUGUUCUCGAACAAUGCGCAUCUCUCCCCACGUGAGGAGCUGCCGCUGUACGUCGGGGAGGACGGCAGCGCAGCCUACGAGUACCCCGAGAUCGUGGAGCAGCUCCUGGGCCGGGAGCUGGGGCUGGAGGAGCGCAGCCUGGUGUGCUGGGCGGCCGAGCGCUGCGGCGCGCUGUCGGACUACCAGCUGUACCUCAACCGCAAGAACUACGAGCAGUACACGCGGCGGGUGUUCUCGCAGCUACUGCCGUGGCCCCUGUGGUACAACACGCCCGUGCAGCGGCGCGAGCGCGCGCGUGCGCAGCGCGGCGGCACGCCGGCGCCGGCGCACGACGCGGAGAAGGAGCUGGCGCAGCACAGCAAGACGCUGCAGGCGACGCGGGAGCUGCGAGAGCGCGGUGAGAAGGCGCUAGCGGACGCCGCAGCCGAGAUGGAGUACGCAGCCGCGCUCGACCGGGCGCUGCAGCCGUGGAUCGCGGUCCGCGGCGCGGCCGCCACGCUGGGGCCCGCGGAGCUGCUGUUCGCCGCGCACCUGUACGUGCAGCAGCAACUGCCGGACGGCGCGCGCGUCACCGCGCACCUGCGCGCGCACUACCCUGCGCUCUGCGACGGACUGCUGCGCGCGUGCGAGCUGCACGCGUGCGCACCGCGCGCGGCGGCCGUGGCUGUCCGCGCGCCCACCGCCGCAGAGACCCCCAGUGUGCCCCGGGAACUGUACAGGUAUGUCACUUCCUAUUGGACUAUAUAA